UUCUGGAGGAUGAGGAUUUUCUUCCAUUCUGGUGAUGCUUGAGCUUUUCUAUUGAUCUCUGAGAAGAGAGGAGAUGGGGAAACCCAAGCUGCCCAGAAGGGAGAAGCGUUUCAGCAUGCCGGUGAUGUGCUCGGUGGAGCGGGAGAUAUCCAUUGAUGGCAGCCAUUAUAGCGUUUCCAGUGGUAUCCUUCCGUCCCUCGGCGCUAAGAGCUGCCGCGUUGUCAAGCUCCGCAGGUUCAUCAUCUCCCCAUACGACAAGCGAUAUCGGGCCUGGGAAACGUUUUUGAUUGUUCUUGUUGCUUAUACUGCUUGGGUGUCUCCAUUUGAAAUCGGAUUCCUUGACAGACCUACAGGAGCUCUUGCUAUAUGUGAUAAUUUAGUUAAUGGAUUCUUUAUCAUUGACAUCAUUGUGACUUUCUUCGUAGCUUAUCUCGAUCGGUCAACCUUUCUUCUCGUUGAUAAUCGAAAAGAUAUUGCUUGGAAGUAUGCACGCAGCUGGUUAUUUUUGGAUUUUGUUUCUUCUGUCCCUUCUGAAUUUGCUCGGAUAAUUCUGCCUCAUCAACUCAGGUCUUAUGGGUUCUUGAACAUGCUUCGGUUAUGGCGUCUCAGAAGAGUCAGUGCUCUUUUUGCACGAUUAGAGAAGGAUGUGAAUUUUAACUACUUUUAUGUUCGAGUUACGAAACUUACAUGUGUGACUUUAUUUGUUGUUCACUUUGCUGGAUGCUUCUUUUAUCUUAUUGGAACAAAGUACCCGGAUCCCAGUCAAAAUAUGGUUGCUCUUGCUGUGCCAAACUAUCAUGAACAGAGCCUGUGGGUGCGUUAUGUGACAACUAUAUAUUGGUCUAUUACCACUCUCACAACAGUUGGUUAUGGAGAUUUGCAUGCCGUGAAUCAAAGAGAAAGGAUUUUUGUCAUCUGUUUCAUGAUCUUCAAUCUUGGAUUGACUGCGUACUUGAUUGGAAAUAUGACCAGUUUGGUUGUCCAAAUGACUGGUCGAACCAGCAAAUUUGUAAGCUCUCUAUUUUAA